GUAGCACCCUUGUACCCAGUGAUGCCCUCCGACCACCACAGGCUUGUACCGACGAGGACAUCGCUACACUCCAAGGGUCUAAAUGGUUCUUAACAGAAUGUAACUGACAUAUUCCAGUAAUUUAGGAAACAAACAGGAAAAAAAUGGAGAAAGAGCACAAGGAGCGACUUAAAGUGAACAGAGUGGCCCUUAUAGAUGACUUGAUGGUGAACGAGGUGUUGCUCAGUGAGCUCAUGGCCUGUAACCUCAUCACAGACUAUGACAUGGAGAAAAUACAGUCUAUUCCCACAAGAUAUGACAAAGCAGGGCACAUCUUGGACGUGGUAAAAACCAGGGGUCCAGAGGCAUUUGAAAAGUUCCAGGAAGUUCUGAGGAAUACAGAGCAGGGGCACCUGGCUGACCUGCUGGACACACCCUCUGGGAAGGUGUUCUAUACCUUUCCUUACCGAGUUAAUAGACCUCCAGUGGCACCCCAACAAGGGUACCACCCACCCACAGAACAGCUAUAUGCAAGGACUCCCACUCAGCAACAACAGGUGCCGAUUGGUAAUACAUAUAGUAGGUACCAUGAACGAGGCAUGUUCUCCCCUCAAGGCCAGCAAACAGGACAGGAAUAUGGAGCAUUCUCACAGGGAGCCAGACAGCAGGUUCCUUCUGCCCAACAGGUGGCAGCACCUGGGUAUCCAACAACUUCUCCCCAGGUGGCAGCACAGGGUUAUCCAACAGGAACUCAUCAGUUUCUGCCAUCAGGUUACCAACCACCAAACCAACAGACAACAGCACAAUAUACACCAGGAUAUUUGCCACCAAACCAACAGAGGGCAGCACAAUAUACACCAGGAUAUACGCCACCAAACCAACAG